UGGUUUUUUUCUGUUUCAGAAGGCCUUCCCCCGUGCAACAAUCCGGCUGGAUGGAACAAUAUGCCGAAGACCUUAUUCGAGCGGUGUCGCUGGCGAUAUCCUUUUGUGCGUUCUUCUUUGGCGUUCCUGGAAAUGCUCUCGUUAUACACAUCAUCCGUACUCACCCAAAGUUCCGGACUGUCCAUAACAUUUUCCACGCUAAUUUGGCCUUAGCAGACCUCACAACGUGCGGGAUAGGCGUUCCGGUAUUUCUUGCUACAAGGUACAUCAGUCCCGGGGACUUCAGAGACUAUUCGUGCAGGUUUAGCGCUGCCAUAGCAGGCGCUUAUAAUUUCAUGAACAUAUGUAUGUUAAUGUCCAUCAGCAUUAUUAGGGUGCACGCUGUCCAGAGACAGAAGCAGAGUAUGUCAAAGAAAACUGCAAUCGUGAUAUUAGUGUUGUUUUGGAUACUUAGCAUUUCGAUAUUUUUUGUCGUUUUUCCCAGAGAUGAUGGGAUCUUCGUUAAAUCCUGUAAGAGCAGGGAAGAUGUGCCUGAUCUCAGAGGGAUAUUACCCUAUAUUUUUCUGUUUGUCUUCGUCCCUGCGUUAGUUGUACUUCUGAUAACAUGCACGUGCUCCUAUGGAUAUCUUACCAUUAAAGCUAGGCGCAUGCGCAAUUUUAUACACCCCAUCACCCAUUGGAGCAGUUCAGUGCACUUCAUCAAUACUCCUCACGAUCCAGGUGCCCACUACUAUAGAAAUACACAGUAUGAUUUGUCCAGACAACACGAGAUGACCAAUGACGUGCGCAAUGCGCCCCUCGCGGCACAUUUUAUAUCAGAUAUGGCUAUGACCAGUUCUAUUUUGACCGCCAUCUACCUCCUGUCAACUGUUCCUUUUCUUGUCCUGUCAGUGUCUCAGAUAUGGUUCACGAUCUCACCGUCCAUUGUGGAGCUGUGCUAUGUUCCAUCGUUCUGCUCCAUGUUUUUGAACCCGUACAUCUUCGCCAGUCGGCACAACACUUUUAAAGAGAGCUUCAGUCGCACAAUUAUACAGAUUCUCCAAUAAACUGCCAUUUUCACCUCCAGCACGGCUACGCAGUUCUAAGUGUCCUAUAUUCAUUGUUUUUCUGUUUUCUUCUUUUUUUCUUAUUUGACUUUUUGCAGAUGGAACAUUUCUACAGCAGGUUGUUUAAAGACCGGGCCUUACGCUUGUUAAUACACAUUAUAUAUCUGAGUGUGAAAGGUACGGCAAAGGCUCCCCUUGAAGGUGACGCCACUGAGAGCUUUUCAUUUACUUGCUGCGCUUAAUGUUCUCAAAUGUUAAUGUACUCAAUGUAGAUAUUUCCAUGGCUUACUUUGGGUGCCAGUAUUUGUAGACGCGUCUUUAAUUUUACAAUGAACUAUGAACACUUACGGAAUUGUAUCACCUUUACCGGGUGUUUCCACCUUUGAUGGCAUUUAUAAACCACAGGAUAUACAUACUGUAAUACACGUGCACUUAAAACUUUUUCACCUUGUACUUAAGGCACAAGUGCAGCUGUAAUACACGGUACUUGUAUAUUAUUUGCUGUCAUUAGUUCUUAGAAAUUUAGUGAAUAUCCACACACACAGUUUAGUGGGUUUAGUGUGUAAUUGAUUGAAAGUGAAAUUAAUAACAUUGGAACAUGUACUAUGUGUAUUGAUUUGUUGUAUUAAUUGAAAUUUUGAGAGUUGUUAUUUUGAAAUGUAGAAAUAUUUGUUUUAUAAUGCAUGCAGUGACAUAUUGAUGAAUUUAAAGAAUUGCAAAUGGAUGUCCAUGCAUUGCUUAAUAUGUUAAUUACACCUACAACUCUCACACUAAAAUGCA